UAUCAAUCGCACAGUACUCGGCUGCGGGGCAAAGGCGGACGUCUCUAGGGUUGUCCCUAGCUUGAUUUUACCGGCGGCGGAGGCUUUUCAGCCCAUCUGUCUGGAGUCGGAGAGUUAGAUUGGAGGGAGAUUGCAAGCGGUGGUGCGGCUCGUCUUCGGCCAUCAUCUGCAGAAUCAAACAGUCUGAUCUCCGUGGAUGGAUUUUUGGCUUUUUCGAUCUUGAGGGCUCUGCUUUUUGAGUUUUGCUCUGGAGUUUUCCUUCUGCUUCGAGACUGGGGUUUAGCGGGAGGGUCCAGGGAGAUGAGUAUACUCAGCUGGAACUGUAGGGGUCUAAACAACUCGGCAACGAUCCAAUGCCUGUCUGACCUCGUCAGUCUAUAUCGGCCGCUGAUAGUCUUUCUCAUGGAGACGAAGGUCCGGUGCUUGCGUGCAAAGGAGAUACUACGCUCAAAGGGCUUCACCAAUUCGGAGGGGACGGAUAGUGCUGGCCGGAGUGGAGGAUUAAUCAUGGCAUGGAAUGAUGAAGUUGAGAUGGAGGUCAAGGAUAACAAUCCCAAUUUUAUUGACGGAAGAGUUGUUUUGCGGAGCAGCGCUGAUUCUUGGAGACUAACUGGCUUCUAUGGCUUUCCUGAGACAGUCCGGCGUCGAGAGGCUUGGAGGAUGAUGGAGGGGCUGGCUGAAGGCAAUGACGGUCCCUGGAUGAUGAUUGGAGAUUUUAACGACAUCAUGUUCGAUUCGGAAAAGAAAGGUAAUAUUCCUCAACCUCUAUGGAGGUUAAGGGGAUUCCGAGGGGCAGUCAAUAGUUGUGGGCUGCGGGAUUUCCCUUUUUCAGGAUAUCAAUGGACUUGGGAUAAUGGAAAAGAUAAUAAUUACCGUCUGGAGCAGAAACUAGACCGUAUUCUAGUAAAUGAUGCCUGGUGGGAUUCAUUUACAGGAGCUCAAGCUGUGUCAGUAGAGGCCCCGGCAAGUGAUCAUAUGGCACUUCAGGUGCAGGUCAAACAUAGGGUCCCAAAUGGAAGGAGACGUUUCUUUAAGUUUGAGAACAACUGGAUUAAAGAAGAUGCUUGCAGAAUUGUUGUUACUAGCAGUUGGGAAGCAACUAGGCAACGACCAAUUAAUGAGAGGAUUGGUUUUUGUGCUACGGAACUGACUAGAUGGGACAGGGGGAGGAAAAGAGGCUUUCGACAUCAAAUAAUGGCGUGCAAAUCCAGAUUGGCCUGGCUUAGGGGGAAGGAUGACCGAACUAGUGUCCGUGAGCUUAUACGUGUCCGUUCGGUAUUACAGGUCUUACUUGAAAAAGAAAAUCAAUUCUGGAAGCAGAGGGCUAAGGAAUUCUGGCUAAAGGAGGGGGACAUUAAUUCCCGAUUUUUUCAUAAUGCUGUUAAACAAAGGAGGCGACGAAAUAAGAUGACUGGUUUGGGGCGGCCCGAUGGUUCAUGGCUGUCUAAUCGGGAAGAACUUGGUGAGGCAGUCUUGGAUUACUUUUCGGUGUUGUUCAAAGAACAAGAGAGGACACAACCACUUGCUAUUCGAGGCGAAUUCCGACAGGUGUCGGCAGAACAGAACGAGUUACUCUUACGGGCUAUCAGUCCGGAGGAGGUUAGGCGGGCUGUUUUUGAUAUGCACCCGGAAAAGGCUCCAGGCUCAGAUGGAAUGAACCCCGCUUUUUUUCAGGCUUACUGGGAGGUGCUUGGACCGGAUAUAUCUGCCUUAUGUGCGUCGAUGUUUGAGACAGGUAAUCUGGCAGAUCAUGUUAAUACUACUAAUAUUGUGUUAAUUCCUAAAGUGGACAAACCAGAAAAUAUGGGGGACUGGAGACCAAUUGCACUUUGCAAUGUGGUCUAUAAAAAUUUUUCUAAAAUUCUGGCAAAUAGACUCAAAGGCAUAUUGGAUAUUUUAGUCGGGGAAUGUCAGAGUGCUUUUGUACCAGGAAGGUCUAUUAUCGAUAAUAUAAUUGUGGCUUUCGAGACAAAUCAUUUUCUGAGAAGGAAGACGAGUGGAAAAGAGGGCUUUGUGGCGCUCAAACUUGACAUGAGUAAAGCGUAUGACAGGGUGAGCUGGACCUUUCUUGAGAAUAUUUUAACCAAGAUGGGUUUUAAUGUUCGUUGGAUUCAGAUGGUUAUGGAAUGUGUUAAGACUGUUAAGUAUUAUGUCCAGUUUGAUGGGGAUUUAUUGGGGCCUAUUGUGCCAGGUCGAGGGCUACGUCAAGGGGAUCCUUUGUCUCCUUAUUUGUUUAUUCUAGUGGCGGAGGGGUUGAGUGCUCUUUUUAGUAGGGCUGAACGCAGGGGGGACCUACAUGGGGUGGCGGUUUGCAGGGGGGCACCCAGGGUUUCUCAUCUAUUUUUUGCAGAUGACAGUUUCUUGUUUUUCAAGGCAUCCGGCCCAGAAUGUGAGGUGGUUAAGCAUAUUUUGGCAGAGUAUGAGGAGGCAUCAGGGCAGGAGAUCAAUUUUCGAAAGUCCUCGGUCACGUUCAGCCGAAAUGUGACCGAGACUUUUAAAAAUUAUUGCUGCAAUUUUUUUGGCGUUCCACAGGAAGGUAGUCAGCAAAAGUAUCUGGGGUUACCAAGUCUGGUGGGGCGGAAUAAAACGACUAUUUUGGGCUUCAUUCGAGACCGGAUUUUUCACCGGAUUAAGAGCUGGAACAACCGAUUCCUCUCCAGAGCAGGGAGGGCUGUGCUUUUAAGGAAUGUGGUCCAGGCAAUGCCCGCAUAUGCUAUGAAUGUGUUUUUGUUUCCCCUUGAUUUAUGUGAUGAGAUUGAAAAACUGAUGAAUGGUUUUUGGUGGAAGGGUACGAAAUUCGAGCAGAGAGGGAUCAGGUGGCGGAGAUGGGAACUUCUCUGUAAACCAAAAAGCAUGGGAGGUUUGGGUUUCAGAAAGAUCAGGGAAUUUAAUUUAGCUAUGCUCGCCAAACAAGGCUGGAGACUGAUUACCAACCCAGAUAGCUUGAUGAGUCGGGUGCUUAAAGCUAGAUAUUACCCUAAAACCAAUUUCCUGCAUGCAAAUCUUGGGAACAAUCCUUCUUAUGUUUGGAGGAGUAUCUUUGAAUCUCAAAGCAUCCUUAGAGAAAAUGUCAGAAGACGGGCAGGCAAUGGGAGAGAUGUCCAGGUGUGGGGCGAUGCUUGGUUACCAGGGCAGGGGGAUGGAAAGAUUAAAUCUCCAAAACCUGUGGGGAUAGAUGAUAUGAACGUAGCGGCACUGAGGGAUAAUUCAGGGAAGAGCUGGAACAAAGAAAGGAUAGCAAACAUAUUUACUGAAGAAGACCAGAGAGCUAUUUGCAGUAUCCCGAUUAGCCUUACGGACAAAGAGGAUGGUUUCUGGUGGUGUAAAGAGAACAGUGGCCUCUUUACAGUGAAGAGUUGCUACAAAACAUUUAUGCAGAGCGAGGAUCCAGGUGGCUGGGAUGGGUGGAAAUUUCUGUGGGACUUAAAAAUCCCGCCAAAGGUAAAAUAUUUUAUAUGGCAGGUACUAGAUGGAUCCUUACCAUCAGCGGACAACUUGGAGAGGAGGGGGGUACCUAUCCCGAGGCAGUGUAAGAUAUGCGGCCAAGCCGAUGAGUCUACGGAGCAUGCACUGAUGACAUGUCCGAAGGCAGUGGAGGUAUGGGAGGCGGCGGGGAUGACACUCGGCGACGGGGAGGUGACAUUUAAGGUAUGGCUUCAACAAUAUCUUUCAUGUGCAGAUAAAAGUUUGAGCUCCAAAGUGGCGAUGAUCACAUGGGGUUUGUGGAAGAGACGAAACACUCUGGUUUGGGAGAAUGAGAUGCAAGAUUCGUCCAAUCUACUGAACGGGUGUGCAAGUAUGCUACAAGCUUGGCGAGAGGCUCAAGGAGAGGUGAAAGUGGCAGGCAACAGGAGUGGGAAGGGGAAUCCGGGGUGGAGCAAACCGAUGCCGGGCUUUUUAAAAAUAAAUGUCGACGCCGCAACAGAUGUGAGUAGGGGGAGAAGAGCUUGGGGAUGGGUGGUAAGGGAUGAACAAGGCACUUUUAUUAAAGGCGGGGGUGGAUAAAAAACGACUGACUGGAGCCCAGCGGAGGCUCAAGCUAUGGGGAUAAGGGAGGCUUGUCAGGCAGCACUUCAGGAAGGCUGGGAGUACAUCGAGUUGGAGUCUGAUGCCCAGACAGUCAUACGCGGCAUUAAGGGAGGGGGGGUUCAGCAUACAUGGAUCUUAUUAUUGAUGAUAUACGGAAUAUUUUGAGUACUAAGAGCAACUUUCAUGUCUCUUAUUGUCCACGAUCUGCGAAUCGUGUUGCUCAUAAGCUUGCUAGAGCACAUGUUUCUAUCUCAGAUCAUAGUUGUAGUUAUGAUAUCAGGCCAGAUUGUAUUGUAAGUCAUUUGGCGAACGAUCUUUUGAUUUAAUAAAGUGGUUAGUCUCGGUUUCAAAAAAAAAAAAAAAAAAGAGAACUAAUUAACGUGAGUGAAGCAAAAUUAGGAAACCCUGAUUGCGGAUUUGUGAUCGAUCAAUUUCAACAUAGGACAAUCCAGAUUCCAGAGGCUGUCUGGCUCAGGGUCCAUCGGCGAAGAAGCUCGGAGCAGAUCAGCCUCAAGCAACUGCACCAGCUACGAUGUCUCAACGCACAAAAAGCACAAAAUCUUCCGAUGAUAUCGAAGCAAAAAACUCGGCGCAGAAGCUUAAGGAGCUUGAGAUUACUGUCCCUAUUGUCUAUGGAAAUAUUGCGUUUUGGCUUGGUAAGAAGGCAAGCGAGUAUCAGUCUCAUAGAUGGACUAUUUAUGUUCGCGGGGCAACAAACGAAGAUCUUGGCGUAGUAAUAAAACGAGCAGUUUUCCAGUUGCACUCGAGUUUUAAUAACCCAACAAGGGUUCUGGAUGCUCCUCCUUUUGAGUUGUCAGAGUGUGGAUGGGGUGAAUUUGAGAUUGCUAUUACUCUUUAUUUCCACAAUGAUGUUUGUGACAAGCCGUUGCACUUAUUCCACCACCUAAAGCUAUAUCCGGAGGAGGAAUCUGGCCCUCUUUCCACAAAGAAGCCUAUAGUUGUUGAAUCAUAUGAUGAAAUUGUUCUAACCAAACCUUCUGAGGCUCUCCUUUCUCGUGUACAGAAUCAUCCAGCAGUAAGUGUGCCCAGACUACCUGCGGACAUGGCUUUACCUACCACAGCACCAUUAGAUGAUGUUGAUAGAAGAAAGAGAGGUGACACCAAAGAUAAUCCCCUAAGCCAAUGGUUCACUAAUUUUUCCGAGGCAGAUGAGCUCUUAAAAUUAACAGCAGCUCGCCAGCAGGUACAAGGCCAUAUUGCAAGGCUUCGAAGGCAGUUGAGCAUGGUAAGUGGGCAGCAGCAGCAGCAGAAAUCUGGAACAGAGUUUUGAAAUUGCAUAAUUUUAUCUACCCGAGUCAAAGGUUUGAGAAGUCAAAGUUGUGCUAUUUUUUGUGUGUGCACGAAUGUACGGAUUAUAAUAUUGCUGUUUUGUAAAAUGUCCCUUUCUGUUCAUUUUUUCAAAAAAUGUGGAAUAGUAGUGCAUAUGUACCAAGAAAGAACAUAACCAAACAGAGAUAAUUUUAUGUAUUUCAUCGCAUUCCUUGGAAUAGUAGUGCAUAUGUACCAAGAAAGAAUAUACCAAACAGAGAUACUUUUAUGUAUUUCAU